UCGCCGCCAGUCCCUCUCCGCGCAGCACUGGUGGCAGAGGCGCUGACCCCGCCGCUACAUCGCUCGGCAGCGUCCCCGAGCGAAUGACCGGCCGCCUGUCACUCCGGACAGGGGCGGGGCGGUGACAGGGUCUGAACAGAGUCCGCCCGCCCAGAGUUCGCCCGCCCCCGCCGGACCCGGCCGGUGCGGGAGCUACGCCGGGCGGGCGGGGCCCUCUGGCACGUGGGUCCCUGCGGCAGCGGCGGAACGCGAGCGCGGGCACCGGGGAGAGGUGGCCCCGGCAUUGAGGGUGAGAGCGCCCGACCCUGGGAGCACCCCACCUCCAGCAAAGGCAAGCAGCAGAGCGUUCCAGAAUGGUGAUGGGUCACUCGCCCCUUCCAGCCGAGCCAGGUGGGCAGGCGAGCGGGUACAUUCUGCAGCCACCCUGGUGAACAAGCUGGAAUGUUGUCUAACCAUCCUGGAAAUUCCUCAGCUGGCCUGGAAACUUCCCCAGCCAUUCCUCCUGACAUUGGGCUCACUAGCCUGGAGCCACAGAGAGACAGACUCAGCAUGGGGUAGAGGCAGAGUCAGGAACCCUCAGCACUGCCUGCUUGCCCUGAGAAAUGCUGGAAGCUGGGUGCGGCCCCAGGCGGGGGACCUGUUUUUCCUGUUUCCUGCAGCGUUCCCUGCAGCCCUAUCCAGGCGUGUGCAUUCAUGAAUGAGGAACCUGAGCGGGUGCUGAGCAUCCUGACAAGGAGAACGGGGGCUGGUCAGGACUAUGGAUGCAGACCUGGGCCUCUGGAAUGGCACCAUCAAUAACACCUGGGAUGGGGAUGAGCUGGGCUACAAGUGCCGCUUCAAUGAGGACUUCAAGUACGUGCUGCUGCCUGUGUCCUAUGGUGUGGUAUGCGUGCUCGGGCUGUGUCUGAACGUCGCGGUGCUCUAUAUCUUCCUGUGCCGCCUGAAAACAUGGAACGCCUCCACCACUUACAUGUUCCACCUGGCCGUGUCGGAUGCGCUGUACGCGGCCUCCCUGCCGCUGCUGGUCUAUUACUACGCCCGCGGUGACCACUGGCCCUUCAGCACAGUGCUCUGCAAGCUGGUGCGUUUCCUCUUCUACACCAACCUUUACUGCAGCAUCCUCUUCCUCACGUGCAUCAGCAUGCACCGGUGUCUGGGUGUCUUGCGCCCACUGCGCUCGCUGCACUGGGGCCGGGCCCGCUAUGCCCGCCGGGUGGCAGCCACCGUGUGGGUGCUGGUGCUGGUCUGCCAGGCGCCCGUGCUCUAUUUCGUCACUACCAGUGCGCGUGGCAGCCGCAUUACCUGCCACGACACCUCGGCCCCCGAGCUCUUCAACCACUUUUUGGCCUACAUCUCCAUCAUAAUGGUCCUUCUCUUCGUAGUGCCCUUUGCUACCAUCCUGGUCUGCUAUGUGCUCAUGGCCCGGCGGCUGCUAAAGCCAGCCUACGGGACUGCGGGGGGCCUGCCACGGGCCAAGCGCAAGUCGGUGCGCACCAUUGCUGUGGUGUUGGCUGUCUUCGCCCUCUGCUUCCUGCCUUUCCACGUUACCCGCACCCUCUACUACUCCUUCCGCUCGCUGGACCUCAGCUGCCACACACUCAAUGCCAUCAACAUGGCUUACAAGAUCACCCGACCGCUGGCCAGCGCCAACAGUUGCCUUGACCCUGUGCUGUACUUCCUGGCUGGGCAGAGGCUCGUGCGCUUUGCCCGGGAUGCUAAGCCACCCACAAAUACCACCCCUACUGCCCACGCUACCCGCAGGCUGGACCUGCGCAAGUUUCACAGAACUGACACCAAGACAGAAGAUGGGUUGGCCAGCAGUGAGAACCCCAGGCAGACAGAGUCCACGCUGACUGGUGGUGGGAACACUAAGGACAUCCGGCUAUAGGACCUGAACCCCUCUGGCCUAUGCAAGUUUAUAUGGGGGACACUGUAGGGACUAGGACUUGUUCAAAUUGGAUGGUCUCCCAUCCAGUCUUCUGCCUCCUGGGAAAAUCCAGCUACAUGGUAUAAGGGUUGGUGCUCAGGCUGGGUCAGGGUUUAGUGUGGGGGAGAUGGGUCUUACCUGUGAUAGGUUCUGGGUCCAGCCACCCAAUGCUCUGUCAUUUGGCAGGGGCUCAGGACACUCCUUGUGGUCCAGAGAAUCAACAGUCCCUACAGCCUCAUCACCAUUUGUAUGUGUCAGUUGGGAAAUAAGAUUUCAAGAAAGGCAAGGGUUCAGGGCCAAUGCCGCUGCUCGCUUGACUCAUCCACAUAAAGAGCUGGCUGUGCCUGCCAAGGUAUACCUAGGCUGGAACACAGCCUAACCAAGUCAAGUGGAGAAGCAGGCCAUUAGAGGAAAGUGACAUACCACGAUCACACAGCAGAGUCUGGGCCUGAGCUACCAGAGAGGGGAGGAGUCGCAGGUUGACCAGAGGACCCUGGUAAGCAGUCAGGGCUGAGACAGAGCUUCCCCCAGAGGGUCUGGGGUAGGAAUGGGUGCCACAAUGGACUCAACAAUGAAGAGGGUCCUCCACCCAAGAGAGGAACAUCUGGAAACUGAUGUCAUAAACCCAUCUGGAGGCUCCCCUGGGCUUAGGGGCCAGUUUGAGGCUGUAACUUAUACUAAAGGUGUUGUUGUCUGCUGA